CAGACGACAUUAUCCGGAAUCUGGUUGUUGUACAAUGUUGAGAUACUUUAUAAUAUAUUUAAAGAAAAUGUGUACAUGACAAAAACAGUAAAUUAAAUAUCGACUGAAACAUCAUGGAACUGCCGAGUGGAUGUUGGAGCAUAGCUCUUGUAUUAGUAUUAUUUUUAAGUACGAAUGGUGGAUAUUGUAAUAAAGCAGUAUCACCACAAUCUGAUGAAGAUUUUGCAUUUGAAUUUACUGGUGAUGAGGAUUUAAUUGUUGAAGUUACAUCAAAUAGUAUUGUUAGUCCGAUACGUAAAUUAUGGGGUAUUGAUGAUUUAACAACCUGUGUUAACAAACUCUUCCGAUUUAUCCCACCAUCGGAUACGUUUACCAUGGGCGUUAAUUAUUAUGAGCUAAAAAAUGCAAAUGGUAAAGAAGUACCAAAUUGGAUAGUAUUUAAUAAAUUAGAUGGUUCAAUUAGUGGUGUACCAUUACAUACAGAUGCACAACAAGUUUCUUUAAUAUUAUACGCAUAUCGUAAUAGCCAUGAUUAUGCUAGUGAUGAAUUUAAAAUUAAUAUUAAAUAUAAUGAUGAUUAUAUAAAUGGUAUUAAUUGUGGUAAACGCAAUAGAACUGUGUUGAGUAUUAUAUUAAAUGAAGCUGCCAAAGAUAUUAAACCAAAACAACGAUUACAAACAUUGGAAAAUUUAGCACAAUUUUGGGGACUUGAUUCUAGUGCCUUUAGAAUUGCUGGGCAGUUUAAAAAUGAACAUACAACAAUUGAAGAAAAUUCAAUUAUAUUAGCUGGUCCAGGUGAUAAGAAAGUAUCAUCGAAAUUGCAUGGUGCAAUUCAAUUAGUAAUUGGAUGUGAUGGUAAAAUUGAUCAACAAUUUCCAAGUAUCCUAGCAAAGCUAAAAGAACAAGCUCGAGAUGGUACCAUUUCCGAAGUAACAGGUUUAAGUGUUGUGGGAUGGAGAGUAGCUAAGGAAAUAAAUUCAAUUCGUCGACGAAGAGAUGUAACAACACCGGAAGGUGGUCUAGCAUUGUCGUAUUAUGACGAAAAUAUUGACGACGAUGAAGAUAGUGAUGAUUUAGAUGAAGGAUCAACUGAGGUUCCUCCACCUGCUAUUAUCCCUCCCGUAACAGAAGAAACACCAGAAUUGGAACAAUCCACGCACCCACAUCGACACCAUCAUCAAAUAUUACCAUUCGAUACUGAAGAACAACCUUAUCCAAAGAUUACACCUAUUGAAGAAACAAUCGAUGUCAUUACCACACCUGUUGCAUCCACUAUAAAAUCAACUACUGUUCAAUCAACACCUGAAGUAACUUCUACGCGAACAAGUACUGCUGCAACAGCUGAUAAUGAUAAUACAGAAGAAAAUGAUCUUACGAAGCAAAGUAGUGCAAUAGACACGAAUAAGAGAAAACCAGAGCCACCUUUGGAGGAAGAUGAUUUGUAUGAUGAAGACGAUGAUGAUGAAGACGUGUACGAUGAAGAAACUACAGAAGUUCCAACUACUCAAACUACUUCUACGACCGCUACAAAUGUUGGAGCUAAUGUAUUCACACAAUCCAGUGUAAUCAAUACUGAUCCAACGGUGCCAGAAACCACAAAAAUACCAAUUGUUCCGACAACAAUUCCCACAACUCAAUCAACGACCGAAGAAGAAAUUAUCACUUCUCAAUCUACAACACCAUUAUACUCCACAUCUAUACUGUCAUCUUCUAAUCCAACCGUACAAUCAACAGUUCCAUCAACAGAAUCAUCUAGUAUUUCUGCAUCGACAACCUUACCACCAUCAUCACCAUCUUCUUCAACAACGUAUAGUCUAAGUUCAUUACCAACAUUUGCACCAACUACUAGUCCAGAAGAAAGUACACCUGCAGUGACAACUGCUGCACAAACUACAGAAGAUGAAUCAACAAUUGCCACUGUCCCUCGAACAGUAUUUGAUCCACCCAAAAAUGCGCCACCAAUUAUUAAGCACCGUUUGAAGAAAAUUGCGUGGACUGCAGGGAAAAUACAUAGAUAUGUUAUUCCAAACGAUACAUUUGGUGACUCUGAUGGAGAUACACUUAUUCUUCGAUUACUUGAUUCAAAUGGUGCUCCCAUCAAAGACAACUCAUGGAUACAAUUUAAUGAUAAAACUAACGAAAUUUAUGGCCUACCUCUAGAAAAGGAUGUUUCAAAAUGGCAUUUCACCGUACAAGCCGAGGAUGCUGAAGCUGGAAUUGUUAGCGAUGAAUUAGAAGUAAAUGUUCAACAUCAUAAGAGCAAACGAACGCAGACUCAUGAAUUUACAAUGAAAUUACGAAUUGAAGAUAAAUAUGACUUACCUAAACCUCUAGAUUGGCAAAUUCGAGUAUUGAAAGGAUUAAUGGAAGUUUAUAAAAAUGAGGAUUUAUCUCAUAUUCGUGUACGGAAUGUAGAUAUUCAUUCUGAACCAGUGACGUUUUCAUGGAGUAAUAUUUCAUUGCCCACCGAUUAUUGUCCCAAAAACGAUAUCAACUCACUUAUGAAUGUUUUGGUAUCCGACAAUGAAGGAACCCCAUCAUUGGCACUACAAAAUGCGUUAGCACCAGAGAUACGUGUGAAGCAUGUACAUGUAAAAGGCCUAGAACAAUGUGAUGGUUUAUUGACUUCACAAAGAAAUGUUUCCAAAAAUACAAGACCGAUGCCCAGAAAUCAAAUUGAUCACAUUAAUGCCACUGUUGGAGAAUUACUCGUUUUUAGAGUUCCAGCGGAUACGUUCUAUGAUGCAGAAGAUGGCAAUACUUUAAAAUUAAAAUUGUCAUUACUGACCAUGGAUCGCCAAACAAUUCCAUCGUCUCAUUGGUUACAAUUUGAUGAGAAAAAUAAAGAAUUUUAUGGUAUUCCACAUGCUUCAGAUAAAGGACGUCAUGAAUAUCAAUUAAUUUGCCAAGAUAGUGGUGGCCUAACAGCCACUGAUGGACUUGUUGUAUCAGUCAAUCAACAACCAUCUCGCUUAAACAAUCCAAGUGUACAUUUUAGUAUGAAAAUUCGUCAAUCGUUUGAAUCGUUCGACAAAAAUCCAAGAUUAAAACGGAAAUUUGUCGAGAAAUUAGCUGAAAUUUUCAACGAUAAAGAUACAAGCCAUAUUGUUAUUGAAAGUAUCACCGAUUCAACAGUUGUUACAUGGUUAAAUCGUUCUUUACAUACAAUUGUUUGUCCUAACGAUGAUAUUUCACGAUUACGUCAAUUUUUAAUUAACAACGAUGAAAGUAUUACGGAUCGUGUAACGAAAGUUAUGAAUUCUGAUUUUAAUGUUGAAUCUGUAAGUGUACGUCCUUCAGGAAUAUGCUUAGGUGGAUCAACAGUAUAUCAUCCAGAUAUUCCUAUUCCUGUGCCUGAUGAUUCACGUCAGACUCCAAGUAGAUCUGAUGAUUAUUUAAUUACAAUAGUUUUACCAGGUGUUAUAAUUUUAACAAUGUUAUUACUGGCUGGAAUUGUAGCAUGUGUUUUAAUUAGAAGAAGACGUCGAUCAGGUAAAUUAAAUGUUGGUGACGAAGAACGUAGAAGUUUACGUACUAAAGGAAUACCAGUAAUUUUCCAAGAUGAAUUAGAUGAUAAACCAGAACCAGGUAAUAAAACACCGAUAAUAAUGAAAGAAGAAAAACCACCACUACCUCCACCAGAAUAUUCAAAACGUGGUGAUUCACCCGAAGAAGAAGCGUUAUAUCAACCACCGCCACCAUUUCCAGCAAAUAGAGAUAGUGGACGUAGUGCACGUCCAAAAGCAACACCGACCUAUAGAAAACCUCCUCCAUAUGUGCCCCCUUAAUUAAAUGUACUGAUAACAAUGAUCACAUGGUGCCUUGCGCACACAACAAGCCAAAGUAGCGCAUUACAUUUGUUCAUCAACUUUUUUUAAAUAUUGUAUUGAUCUGAUAAAAACGUAGUACGUUAAUAUCCAUUUUAUUUUUUUAACUGAGUGAUUUUUUAAGUUUAAAAUAAUGUGUAUUAACUACAGACAGUUUAAAAAAAAUAAUCAAUUCGUCGCUAAUUAUUUGUAAAAUUUAUUAUUAUUGUUUCUUUACUCACGCAUAUAUAGCAAUAACAUCAAUUUAUUUUGAAUUUGUGUUAUGAUAAAACUAUCCACGAAUUUUUUUAUUCUAGAAGUAGCAUUUUUAUUUUUAAGCAUUUUAAAAUAUUGAUGAAAAUAAAAAAAAAGCGAUUUAAAAUGGAAUUUUCAUCAACUUUACUUAAUUAGUGGCAGUUUGGAUUUCAUUAAUAAAUAUAAGAUUUGGAAGACUACGUAAAUUAGUUAGGGUGGUCACAAAAAAUUGGCUGAUACAAAUGCACAAAUAUUUUCAAGGCAAAAAUUUGGCAGUGGCAAGGAAGAGAAGUCACAGUUUACCUUUUAACUUCAUUGCGGCAGCUUCCAGAAUAGUCGUGGUACAAAACUAGGGUCAAAGAUUUGUAUUCCGGUGUGUACUUUGAUUAUAACUAUAUUACGUUACUACAAUUACGUACUACGAGAUGAAUUCGUAUUGAACAAUUCUACAAUACUGGUACUUCCGAAUGUUUAACAAAGUCUGAUUGAUUUAUAACUCGAAACUGGUCUAGCAAAGUUAAGAAAGUAGAACUGUAAAAAAAUGUAAAACAUUUUUUAAGUAAAACAACUGUUUUUACUCAUUAAUUAUUUUAGAAACUAAUUAAUGCUAGUAAAUUGUCAAGCAAAUAGGCUUGAAUACUUGUAAAGUAAAUAUCGCAUAGUUGCUCUCUAGAAACAACAAAUGUCAACGUUUUUACCAUGACAGGAGGACACAAAUUUAGAACAAAACUUAUUAGUUAUUCAUUGCAAUAACUAUCACGAGUUUGUUGCAUUUGUGAAUUCUGUUAUUUCGGUUAUAAGUAAACAAGGCUGUUCUUCCAAAAGACGACUUCCCGAAGCAGCACAAGCGUGUCAUAAUUCCGUCUCGCCAAAUACAUCGUAUCACAUGAAUAGACUGAACAUCCAUCGAAUACGAUAAUUUCAAAAGAUUGAUUUCUCUCUUUAAAAUAGGAUGAUUGCAGUUUGGUCACUUCGCCAAUGAUGAUUUACGGCUAAAGUUUGAAAAAUAAAAAAAAACACUAAAUUGAAUAAAAUUUUCGUGGAUACAAAUUCAAUAAUUUUUGAAGGCCUGAUGCUGAUAUGUUAAGAAUGUGUAAAUUAUAUCAAUAUAUUUAAAAUAGG